AUGCUUGUAGCGAAAAAGGUUUUCGGGAAUAUUCCCAAUAUAAUGACAAAGUCAGAGAAUGAACACUAUUUUAUCGAUGACAUCGUAUCUAUUAAAAACAGACAAAAGAGCAAGAUGUAUGUCAAGGAGGGGAAACGAAUAGGGCAUGGCUCAUUCGGCACUGUAACACAGUCGUAUUUGUCAAACAACAGUACAGAAUGGUUGGGGCCCUAUGCGAUAAAAAGAGUCGUUAAAUGUCCAAAAGUGGAGUCUUUAGAAUUAGAGAUCUUGCAAAAUAUUAAACAUCCAAAUCUAGUCACUUUAGAGUUUUUCUUUGAGAGCCAAUAUACAACCAAAGAUGGUGGACAAGUACACCAAAAAAAUUUUGUUAUGGAGUAUAUUCCUCAAACCUUGAGUUCUGAAAUUCAUCAAUAUUUCGAUAAUGGAUACGAGUUUCCUACAAAGCAUAUUAAGCUGUACGCUUUCCAGAUUCUUCGAGCACUUCUCACCCUACAUUCCAUGAACAUAUGCCAUGGUGAUCUCAAGCCGAGCAACAUACUGAUUAUACCCAGCAGCGGUAUUGCUAAAGUUUGUGAUUUUGGCUCAGCCCAACAAUUAGGGGGCAAUGGAGAUCUAAAGACAUACUUCUGUUCGAGGUUUUAUAGAGCACCUGAACUUCUUUUAAAUUCAAAGAAUUAUACAACACAAAUAGAUAUAUGGUCACUUGGUUGCAUAAUAGGCGAAAUGAUAAAAGGUCAACCCCUUUUUAAAGGAGAUAAUGCCAAAUCACAAUUAGAGAAGAUAGCAAUUCUAUUAGGCCGGCUCCCUGAACCUAAUACUUCUUCAAGCGUAUCUCAAGAAUUACAAAGAAACUUACAUGACCAAAAAUUUAAGAAAUUUAUGCAUUGGUUCCCGUAUAUCGAGUUUUUCGACGUUGACUUCUUAAUAAAAGCAUUGGUGUAUAACUUUGCUGAAAGAUGGGAUGCUAAACAAUUAAUGGCUCAUGAAUUUUUUGACGCGUUAAGAAAUGAAACCUAUUUUUUGCCAAGAGAUUCGAAUAUGCCAGUGCAUCUACCAGAAUUAUUUAAUUUUAGCGCACUAGAAAAAAAGGCUCUUGGAGAGUACUACAACUCAAUCGUACCACCGUCGGAUUAG